CUUGUGUAGUUGAUUUUUGUCAAUUAAAGUUAAAUUCGAAACGUAGUCCCAGAUAUCCUAAGAUUUAUUGUUAAUGGAAGAGCUACAAAUGCCUACCAAAUUAUUGCCUGUCUAUAUUGUUUUGGUUCUACACAUUUGAGUCCUCAUUUUGACUUUGACAAGGACUGUCAGCUAUUGCUUGAUUUCUCAAGAUGUCUUCCGGUCCUCCUAUCAAUAAUGGUAUAUCAUUCACCAAGAUCCUCCACCACGACACCUACCCCUUCAUCGACCCCACCGAAGUGAACCACACCGGCCACUACAUCUUCAUCUCAGGCGCCUCCAAAGGCGUAGGUCGCGCCACAGCCAUCUCAUUCGCCCAAGCCGGCGCAUCCGGAAUCGCACUCGGCGCACGCUCAGACUUCGGCACCACCAUCUCUCACGAAAUCCUCACCGCAGCUCUCAAAGCAGGCAAACACCCUCCCCCUGAAAUCCUAACCCUCACCCUCGACGUAACAGACCCCUCAUCCGUCCAAGCAGCCGCAAAGCAAACCGAGACCGCAUUCGGCAGACUCGACAUCCUGAUCAACAACGCCGGAUACCUGAGCCCCUUCGUCCCACUCCUAGUAGCAGAUAUGGACGACCACUGGCGGAACUUUGAGGUUAAUUUAAAAGGGGUGUAUUUGAUGACGAGGGCGUUUUUGCCGUUGAUGUUGCAAGGGGGGGAGAAGACGGUUGUUAAUGUUUGUAGUAGGGGUGCUCAUAUGACUUUCCCUGGGGGUGGGGGGUAUCAGACGGCGAAGUUUGCGCUGUUGAGGGUUGCGGAGUUUUUGAUGGUGGAGUAUGGGGGGAGGGGGCUGUUGGCGUUUAGUGUGCAUCCGACGAGUGCAUUGACGGAGUUGGGGAGGGGGAUGCCGGAGGGGGCGCAUCAUCGUGAGUGCUUUUUAUAUUUCUGGAUUGAAAGUGAUGAAUAGUGGAGGCUGAUGAUGAGUAGUUUUGGUGGAUACGCUGCAGAUUGCGUCGGAUACGAUGUGUUUUCUGACGGCGAAGAGACGCGAGUGGCUUGCGGGGAGGUAUGUGGAUUGUGGAUGGGAUAUGCCGGAGUUUUUGAGUAGGGAGAAGGAGAUUGUUGAGGGUGGGAAGUUGGUUAUGAGGAUGGUGUUUUGAAUUGCCCUUUGGUUAGCCGAGCGAUCGGGAACAGCUGGGAAAGAGAGCGAGGUACUUAAAACUGGCCUUCAUUAGAGGAGUCAGAAUUUUAUAUAGUAUCAAUUGUGCUUUCUUGGCACGUAGUGGUGCAAUAUGACAUGUUUAUUCGGAUUUUCAAUGGACUGGUCAAGGAUGGAUAAUGGAUUGGUAUCCACGAAUGUCUUGGCUUGCUUCUGAUCCAAAUCCACGGUCUUCUGAUGAGCAGAGCAUCAUACUCUCGAGAUCUUGAUCUGGAAAGUGUGUGUGAGCUUAUUUUCGGCUCUAAUGGCAUAUAAUAG